AAUCGGUCGAUUCGGCUGCUAUCGGCUACGUUCGCCUCGGCUCGGGGCGGGGCGGUGCAGCGCGCAGGCGCAGUGCGCGCUGCCGCCGCCAUGAACCCCCUGACGAAGGUGAAGCUGAUCAAUGAGCUGAACGCGCGGGAGGCGGAGCUGGGCGUGCAGGAGGCGGUGUCGUGGCACGCGGAGUACAAGGACAGCGCUUGGAUCUUUGUGGGCGGGCUGCACUACGCGCUGACCGAGGGUGAUGUCAUCUGCGUGUUCUCGCAGUACGGCGAGGUCGUCAACAUCAACCUCGUGCGGGACAAGAAGACCGGGAAGUCCAAGGGUUUCUGCUUCCUGUGCUAUGAGGACCAGAGAAGCACCAUCCUGGCUGUGGAUAACUUCAAUGGGAUCAAGAUCAAAGGACGGACCAUCCGCGUGGACCAUGUGGCCAACUACCGGCCCCCCAAGGAGUCUGAGGACUGGGAUGACGUGACUAGAGCCCUCCAUGCCAAGGGCUGCGGGGUCAAAACGCCACCUCACACCUCGUCCGACUCCCCGUCUGAGGAUGAAGAUGUGCUCGUGAAAAAGCAGAAAGAGAAGCAGCGGAGCAGAGUAGAACGGUCAAAGUCGAGCCCACAAGCUGGGAAGCGGGGGAGCACGGAGGAGCCCCAUCCCAGGAUCAAGAUCAAGAAGGAGAAGGAGGACCCGGGGUACGAGCACUAUGCUGGCGGGAGCGCCGGCAGGAACGCCGGGAGCAGGACGCAGCGGGAUGAGGAGCAGCGGCGGCACCAGCGGCACUCGGACAGCAGGGGGGACAAGAACUGCCGCGAGCAGAGGGGCCAGAGCGGCUCCUGGGAGGAGCGGGAGAAGAGGGAGGAGGCUGGCAGGAGGGGCGACGGGCACAGCAGCCGGCAGGACGCAUCCCCCAGGGGAGGCAGGUCUCGGGAGCCCCAUUCCAGGCACAGGGAGCGGGGCUCUGGCAGAGACUCCGGUCGCUGCUGAGCCCUGUGUGAGCAUUUGGCGUGAGGGAGGCUCUGAGCCUGCCCGAGCCUGCUCCAAGCUCCUGGGAUGCCAUGGCUGGACCUUUCACCUGGGAGCUUCCCCUUGCCUCUCAUCCCACCCUGGGCCGGGGCUCUCCAUGCUCCCUGUGCUGCUGGCUGGGACAGGGAUCUGUCCUUCGACCGGGGGGGGUGUCAAGCAGUGAAGGCUGGGAGCAGCAGGAUGCUCCCCUUCCCUAAAUCCCUUGGGGCGGUGUCCCCCUCUUGCACCGUGGGCAGAGGCUGCUGGGUGUCCCGUCUGGCCUCGUGGGCCGGGUUUGGGCCCUGUGCCCACCCAGCAUCUUCUGGAUUCUGUGAUGAAUCCAUAGGGCUGCAUCGCUGUGUUGGGGUGAUUUAUCAUGGAUUUGUUUAAAGGUUUCUUAAUAAAAGUUCCUGUUAGGGAGAAGCUGGUCCCGGGAGCAGUGUUCUUGUGGGUGGGUCAGGGAGGAGGUGUCAUCUGUUUUUCUUACGCUGAUUUUAGGCUUAUUUGGCUGGAAAACCGGGAGCGACAGAGUGUGGGAUUCGCAGGGCGGAGAAAGGAGGGGCUUUAGCUGGAUUUGGUUUCUAUAACGAGUGAUCCCUCCGGUCCGGGUCCGCGCCGCUUCUGGGCGCAAGGGGGAAUUUCCUCCCCGGAGCAGCCGGGGCCGCUCCGAGACAGCCGCG